ACUCGUGUCAAAACCUUUGGACUUAUCAAUGAAUGAUAUUGUAAAUCUUCCUUAUAUUGAAAUUCCCGUGACUCUUGUUUGCGCUGGAAACAGAAGGAAGGAAGAAAAUAUGAUAAAGCAAUCAAUUGGUUUCAAUUGGGGUGCAGCAGCUGUGAGCACUUCUGUUUGGAAAGGCGUUCCAUUAAACUAUGUUUUAAAGAUGGCUGGAGUUAGUCUUGAUGAUGAUUCUGAAGAACCUCGCUAUGUAUGUUUUAAGGGUGCUGACAAAUUACCAAAUGGUUAUUAUGGCACAAGUCUCCCAUUAGAAUGGUCUAUGAGCAGUGUUCAUGAUGUUAUAUUGGCCUAUGAAAUGAAUGGCGAAAAGUUAACACCAGAUCAUGGAUUUCCUAUCCGUCUCAUCAUUCCUGGUGCUAUUGGUGGAAGGAUGGUUAAAUGGUUAACACGAAUUACAGUAUCAAAUAAAGAAUCAGAUAGCUAUUAUCAUCAUCAUGAUAAUCGUGUGCUUCCUCCUGAAUAUGAUGCGGAACGUGCCACCAAAGAAAAAAUUUGGAAUAUUCCAGAUUAUAUUAUAAAUGAGCUUAACAUCAAUUCCGUAAUAACUUCACCAGCACAUGAUGAACGUUUACAAUUAUCAAGUUCUGAUAUCACCUCUAGUUACGAUAUCAAAGGUUAUGCUUAUACUGGAGGUGGUCGUAAAGUUAUUCGUGUUGAAGUUUCAUUGGAUGGUGGCAAUUCUUGGCUUUUAACUAAUGUCACUCACCCUGAAAUUGUUCACCCGAAUGUUCUAAAAAGAAAAAGAAAUCCAAUUCGGCGAUAUUGGUGUUGGGCUUUUUGGUCGAUAUCUGUUCCUAUUUAUUCUCUUAUUCGUUAUGAAGAAAUUUGUGUAAGAGCAUGGGACGCCUCGCAGAACACACAACCUAAGGACAUCACCUGGAAUGUUAUGGGAAUGAUGAAUAAUUGUCAUUUCCGUGUAAAAGUUAGUAUCAUAACCCAAGGAAGUGAUGUGGUUUUACUGUUCGCACACCCUACCCAACCUGGUGAAAAUCCUGGUGGUUGGAUGCCCAAGCCUGACGAUUCUUUAAAUUCUACGCCUCCCAAAAAAGACGAGCCUGGUAAUGGCAUGCCCAAAUUUUCUAUUGAUCAGAUUUCGAAACAUGAUUCUAAAGAAGAUUGUUGGAUAAUUGUAGACAAAAGGGUCUAUGAUUGUACGAAAUUUCUCGAACAGCAUCCGGGAGGUGCUGAUAGCAUUCUAAUGAAUGCUGGAACGGAUUGUUCAGGCGAUUUCAAUGCAAUUCAUUCUUCUAAAGCGAAAUCAAUGCUAUCUGAUUAUUAUAUCGGUGACUUAAUUGAUACUUAUAUGCCAAAGUCAUCGGAAAAAAAAAUAUCAAAUCAAUCGACAAUUCAAUGGUUGUCAUGUUCUCUAACCGAUAAAAAAUGUAUUAAUAAUAAUACACGUAUAUUCCGAUUUACUUUACAGUCUCCAAAUCAUCUUGACUUGCCAAUAGGAAAUCAUUUCUUGAUUCGUGCUAUAAUAAAUGAACAAACUGUUAUUCGAUCCUAUACGCCAAUCAAAAUAUCUCCAGGAUACUUUGAUUUACUUAUUAAAGUUUAUUUCAAGAAUACACAUCCAAAAUAUCCAAAUGGCGGAUUAAUGUCUCAGCAUAUGGAAGAAUUACGUAUUGGUGAUUGCAUCGAGGUAAAAGGUCCCCUUGGUACAUUCGCAUAUAAUGGUCGUGGACAAUAUCAAAUUAAAAAUGGUACUAAAGAGACACUACAUAAAUGCAAAAAGAUUAGUUUAAUUUGUGGUGGAUCGGGUAUAACACCUGCAUACCAAGUAAUUCAAUCUGUAUUUCGAGACCCGAAGGACAACACUGAACUGUCUUUAAUAUAUGCAAAUAGAAGUGAAUCUGAUGUAUUAUUAAGAAAUGAAUUAGAUGGAAUUGCAAUCCGUGACAAAAGAUUCAAAGUAUACUAUACAUUGGAUGAUCCACCUAAAGAUUGGCCGUAUGGAAAAGGAUUUAUUUCUGAAACGAUGAUUCGUGAACGGUUGCAUGCGCCUAUGAAAGAUGCUCAAAGUAUUGUACUGAUGUGCGGACCUCCACCAAUGUUGGAAUUUGCUUGCAUACCAAACUUAAAGAAAAUUGGAUUCAAAGAUUCGGAAUACUUUAUCUUUUAA